UUCACCUCGUCCGGUUUUAAGAUUUUCUUGACAUACUGUACUGCCAUUAUUGCCCGAAACAAAUUGCAGAUUGACUGCUGUGUGAAGUCUCUGUUUGCGUUGGGAGAAUGGAGGAAGAGAAAGCCGCGGCGUACUACGACGAGCUGACUCGCAAAGGCGAAGGAGCCGCCAGGUUCAAACAAGGUCUUGGAUUCUCCUCCUCCUCCGACAAUGUCCCAGCAAAAGGCUCAGCUCUGCCCUCCUCGUCUUCUUUCCUCAGCAACUUCGUCAGAGCCUCGAGCCCCACCAAGGCCUCCGAGUUUCAAACGCAAGGGCAACUCCAAUCCAUUCAAAACAAGCUCAGGAAGAAACCUGUCUCCUCCGAAGCAGAAAAACAUGCGAUUCCUAGGGUUUCUGAUAAAAUCGAAAGAGAGAGGGAUAGGCACUCUAGGAGGCGAAGUAGGAGUAGAGAGAGAGGCAGAGACAGGGAGAGGGAUAGGGAUAGGGACAGAGACAGAGACAGAGACAGGGAUAGAGAUAGAGACAGAGACAGGGAUAGAGAUAGAGACAGAGACAGAGACAGAGAUAGGGAUAGGGACAGAGAGAGGAGGAGGAGAAGGAGUGUGUCACCGAGGCGAGAUCGGAAAUCGAGAAGGAGUCGGAGCUUGUCCCCGCGGGAGAGAGUGCGUGAGAGGAGGAGGUCGGAGAAGAGUAGAAGUGAAGAUGGGAAUGGGGAUGGGGAUAGAGUCGGUAAAGUGGGGAGGGAGAAGAACGGUGGGAUUGUUUAUUCAAAGUUGAUCGAAGGCUAUGAAAAUAUGACACCAGCUGAAAGAGUGAAGGCCAAGAUGAAACUUCAGCUUACUGAAACUGCUGAGAAGGACACAACAAAGGGCAUGGGCUCAGGUUGGGAACGAUUUGAAUUCAACAAGGACGCUCCACUUGAUGAUGAGGAGAUUGAAGUUGCAGAAGAUGAUGCAGCAUUAGUCAAGAACAUUGGCCAGAGCUUUCGCUUUUCUGCAUUUGAGUCAAAAAGAGAGGAACAAAUCAAAGCUGCCCAUGAUGAGGCCAUGUUUGGAGCAUCAUCACUUCGACCUUCCAUAAGUACGGAGAGUGAGCCAGAAGUGGAGGAUGAUAAAAAGGAGAGCAAUGAAAAUGGUCUUGUUACAAGCCUCUUAAGUGAGAAGGUGCUUGCAAAGCAACAAGGGUCUUGGCGCGACCGUGCUCGUAAAGUAUAGGAUAGAUCAACAAGCUGAUGGGCAGCGUGAGAGACUGACAAAAAGAAUCCACUUCGGCUGUGCUGCAAGAAGCAUGUUGAAGUGUUGUAUAAAUAUUUCAUCAGUCAGGUUGGAGGGAGGGAUAUCGAUAUUAAUUAGAAGCUUCUGGCUCCCAACGAAUGAAUCAGCGCACGGGGCAAGUAGACUAUCUUGCUGCUCCUCGCCCUUCCACAGUUAGGCUCUCCAGCGACAGGAUUCUCAAAUCAGUGUUAUAGCGUCCUUUUUUUUGGGGUCUGCCAUCCGAAAGAGCAGUCCCUGUAUGUUUGCCACACUUUUAAAAGCAGGAGCUUUUGAUUUUUGGUGCUUAUGUCGUUCGAAUUGUGAUCUUCGUGGGCUUCUGCUCCCCCCAAACUACAUGGGAUUAGAUUGCUUUCCAAGAAGACAAUGUUUCAUGUCUUUAUCAUCCUAAAGCUGUAAUGAUUGUGAUUGGAAGUCAAUGUACAGAGACAACAAGGGUUUCAAUUACCAUGUAACAAGCCUUGAGACC